UGAGCUGAGCAUCUGGGCGACGCAUUUGGGCGCCCGAGAUCGCGCACUUCGAUUUGCCAUGAAAGUCGGUGGUCGAUACCAUCAGACACGAGUGAUGUUGGCAGUUGGGAUCCUCUUCCUUCUUUUGCAACGUUAUCUGUGCGCCGCUGGUAACGGCCCAUGGUUUAACGGCUGGUGCACGCGUAUCACCGAUUUGGAGCAGCAACGAACACUCACGCUCAUCCUGGGCUCUUUUCAAACCGAAGAGACCUGGGCACAGGUCUAUGCAGCGCUCCUGGUCGGUGAACAUGGCCGCGUCGAGACCGAGCAGGUCUUCUUGGAUCCAGCCAAGGUCACCAUGCAGCGUGGGGACGACUUGGCCACGAGGCUGACCAAAGGCGACCAUGCGAAGAAUUCGUGGAUUUUGCCCAUCGGGAAGUUCUGGACCAAUGUCUCGAACUCGAUGAUGGAGUUUGUGUUCCCCUCAGGCCGACGCUUUACGGCGUGGCUCGAGGAUGUGGCGCCCUGGGCGCCUGAAGGAUGGAUUGGGAGGCUGCCGGAUGCAGUGAUGCCUACGCACUACUUCGUUCGGAGCCUCCGGUCCUCCAGCAAGUACCAGCUUGACAUGAAGACCGGGAAGGGUUUCGGACACCAGGAGAUGAACUACGGUCGGCGCUUUCCCCAAGCCUUCGUUUGGGUGCAGGGCACGGCUGACGGCGGCCGGAGCCAAUUGCUGCUCACCGGCGGACGGUUCACCAUCUCCGGGAUCACUUCCCAGCACUACAUCUUGACAUAUCGCUCAAGGGAGCGGUCGUGGGACUUUCGAAGCAUCGACCUGCACCGCUUCCGAUCGGAGGUCGAUGGUUGCAAUGGUACCCUGCUGCUCACCGCGCUCAGUGGCCACCGGCGCCUCGAGCUCCGGGUCUCUGCACCAGCGGAGAGCUUUUCCGAGCAGAUUUACGUGCCAACCACGGAUGGCUUCAGCCGAGAACCAGGCAGUUCAGAGAGCCACACUGCCUUGGCGGUGGUGAGGCUCUAUGCAGCUCGGAGCGACCGGAGGAAGGGCCUGCGACCCAUCGAGUACGCGAUCUUCCGGCAAGCUGCCUUGGAGCGGAAUGGGGCGUCGAACGACAAGUCUGAUGGAUCGGGGUCGGGUCGAAGGUGCCGGAUUCGGUCGGAGCAGGGAAAAGAGCAGGAGUUCGGCGGCGAGUACAACUGCGCCAGCUCCGCUCCGACAGCGACGGCGAGUACCGCGGCCACGGCCUUUGUCGGCCCAGCACGGCCGUCUCCGCUGCGACGGAGCAAGGCCAAGUUGAAGAAGAUCAACAAUCCAGACAUAUCCAGAGACGUGUCAAGUCUGCGGCAUGGCCAUGCUGCACCAAUGAUGACCUUAGCAGCUACCACCACUACGCCGCGUCCUGCAAGCGCCUCCCUCCUAGCACCCACGGCUGCCGCGCUCGUGGCUGCGGCCGCUGCGUUUUCGGUGCGAAAAGCACGGCGGAAGCGCUCGCUGCAGGAGGGCAUCGCAGACUUCUACGACGCGUCUACAGGCGUUUGGGUGGAGAUUUGGGGCGAUCAUUUGCACCACGGCUACUAUGAGGACAACUCCUGGAGGUCCUUGAAACAACAUCAAGAAGCUCAGGUGAGAAUGAUUGAGGAGGUCCUGAGCUGGGCGAAGGUGGACGGAUUGAGCUCAGUGAGCACCGUGCUGGAUGUGGGCUGUGGCGUGGGGGGUUCCUCCAGAUAUUUGCAGAAGAAGUAUGGCGCCAAAGUCACAGGCAUCACCUUGAGCCCCAAGCAGUGCGCUCAAGCGCAAGAGCUUUCCCGCAAGACAGGCCAGGAGGAGCGUUGUGACUUCCAAGUCGCUGAUGCGCUGAAGAUGCCAUUCGCGGACGACUCCUUUGAUCUCAUUUGGUCUUUGGAGAGCGGCGAGCACAUGCCGCGCAAAGCCGAGUUCAUGGCGGAGAUGCAUCGGGCUCCUUGGCAGCGAGGCCCUGUCGCGCAAGGAGAGACCUUCCCGAUGCCGGACGUUCGCCCCACGCGACCGGGGCGCCAUGCGACCCUGGGGGGUCGUGUUGGCAUUGCAGACUACCGCCAAAUCGCGCAGGAGCAGCUCGGAAUGACAGGUCUGCGGACCGACGACUGGAGCCAGUACAUCGCGCCCUUCUGGUCGGCCGUGAUCCGCAGCGCCCUGCAGCCACGCGGCUGGUGGGCUCUCUUACGAGGUGGCCUCGAGACCUUCCGUGGCGCCCUGGUGAUGCCCCUCAUGAACCGCGGCUAUCGCACGGGCACCAUCCGUUUCGCGCUGCUCACGGGGCUCAAAACGGGCGGCGCCACGGGCUCCGCGCCAGGCGAGGAAUACAUUCAUUUGGAGGUGAUGGUGCUUUUGAUGCGUUUGGUUUGA